GAGGCGGAGGGAGGCGAGCGCGCGUGCGCGCGCCGUGCCGGCCGUCGCCGCGGUGACCGUCCUCGGAGUCCGUCGGCUCGCGCCCCGCCCCCGUUCCUGCUGCCCCCUCCCCUGUCGCUGGCGGGGAGUGUUUCUCGCUCCUCCCGGUUGCUGCCGCCGUCGCCGCCGCUCCUCCUCUCCCAGUCUUGGGUUUCCCUGGCGCUACUGCCGCCACUGCCUCUGCGGUCUGUAUGAGGAGGAGGAGGAUGUGAAGAUGGCGGAGCUGCAGAUGCUGCUGGAGGAGGAAAUCCCGGGGGGCCGCCGGGCCCUCUUCGACAGUUACACGAAUCUGGAACGGGUGGCCGAUUACUGCGAGAACAACUACAUCCAGUCAGCAGAUAAGCAGCGAGCCCUAGAAGAAACCAAAGCCUACACCACCCAGUCCUUAGCAAGUGUUGCCUAUCUGAUAAAUACCUUGGCCAACAAUGUCCUGCAGAUGCUGGAUAUCCAGGCGUCCCAACUUCGAAGGAUGGAGUCUUCAAUCAAUCAUAUUUCACAAACCGUUGAUAUUCAUAAAGAGAAAGUUGCAAGAAGAGAAAUUGGUAUUUUGACUACCAAUAAAAACACUUCAAGGACACAUAAGAUUAUUGCUCCAGCCAACCUUGAACGACCAGUUCGUUAUAUUAGAAAACCUAUUGACUAUACAAUUCUAGAUGAUAUUGGACAUGGAGUAAAGUGGUUGCUUAGAUUUAAGGUGAGUACCCAGAACAUGAAGAUGGGUGGGCUCCCGCGUACAACACCUCCAACUCAGAAACCCCCCAGUCCCCCUAUGUCAGGGAAAGGGACGCUUGGGCGGCACUCCCCCUAUCGCACACUGGAGCCAGUGCGCCCUCCAGUGGUACCAAAUGAUUACGUACCUAGCCCAGCCCGUACUAUGGCUCCCUCGCAGCAGAGCCCUGUGAGGACAGCUUCUGUGAAUCAAAGAAAUCGAACUUACAGCAGCAGCGGGAGUAGCGGAGGAAGCCACCCUAGUAGUCGGAGCAGCAGUCGGGAGAACAGUGGAAGUGGGAGUGUGGGAGUCCCCAUUGCUGUUCCUACGCCUUCUCCUCCCAGUGUCUUUCCAGCCCCUGCUGGCUCUGCUGGUACUCCUCCCCUUCCUGCUACUUCUGCAUCUGCCCCUGCCCCUCUUCCUGCUACUGUCCCUCCCUCCACUGCCCCAGACACUGCUGCUGGGGGUGCCCAGACCCUUGCUGAUGGCUUCACUUCUCCAACUCCCCCUGUUGUUUCUUCCACUCCCCCUACAGGUCAUCCUGUUCAGUUCUACAGCAUGAAUAGACCUGCCACUCGCCAUACUCCCCCAACAAUAGGGGGCUCUUUGCCCUAUAGGCGCCCUCCUUCCAUAACUUCACAAACAAGCCUUCAGAAUCAGAUGAACGGAGGACCUUUUUAUAGCCAGAACCCAGUAUCUCUUGCUCCUCCUCCCUCCAUCCUACAGGUAACUCCUCAGUUACCUUUAAUGGGAUUUGUGGCCAGAGUCCAAGAAAAUAUUUCAGAUGCACCACCUCCACCACCACCUGUGGAAGAACCAGUCUUUGAUGAGUCCCCACCACCACCUCCUCCUCCAGAAGAUUACGAAGAGGAAGAGGCAGCCGUGGUUGAGUAUAGUGAUCCUUAUGCUGAAGAGGACCCACCGUGGGCUCCAAGGUCUUACUUGGAAAAGGAUUCCUUAGCUGAUUUUAACACUGUCCUGGACAAAGUGAUGACAGUUUUCAGCUCUGAAAAACCAGCUCAGUGAGUCCUUAAGAGAAAAGCAUAAUGAAGAGAUUUGCUUGUUAAAAAUCUCCUCUUCGGUGAACAUGUUAAAAUCUGGAGAGAUUUGUAAGAGAGGAAAGUAAGUUUAUUUUCAGUCCAAAUAACUCUUUAAAGCUUAAAAGAAAAUGCCUGAGUUGUUUCCUAAGAUAUUUUUCAAAGUUAAUCUCUGUUAAGCUCAAAUCUUUUAAAACAUGAAAAUCAAAUAACCUCCUCCUUACUCUUUCUGGAGAAACAGAAAUAACCGUGUUCAGCUUAUGACUGAUUGCUUUUUGUUGGAGUGCAUAAAUGUUGAGCCUGUUGCCUAAUGUCUUAUUUUGCUAUCUUAGUCUUAGGACCUCGUUCUCAACUGUGUCUGCAUAUUAGGGUCACCUAGGGAAUGUUUAAUAUGUCUGCACUUCCAGAUCUAUUAAAUCAGAAUCUGUGGACAUGGGACGCAGGCAUCAGAAUUUUUUAAAGUUCCAAGGUUGAGAACCACUGCAUAGGUUUAUCUUAACCCUUGAUUAUUAGCCAAAUGGAGAUAAUUUGUAUAUGUAAGUAUCUUUAUUUAACUUGGGUAGAGAAAAGAUAUUUUCUUUUAUUUAUUAUGUGCCUGGCAUGAUGCAAAACUUAUUACAUAUGUAAGGCAGUUAGUUUCCCCAUUUUGCAAACUAGGAAAUUGAGGUUCAAAAUAAUUUAUGUUACAGAAUAUGACAGAAGAUGUUUGUGUUACAGGAGUAUAUGUAUAUCAUAUAUAUAUCAUAAUAAUGGUAAUAAAAGCAGCUAACAUUUAUAUAGAAUGUUUACACAUGGCCCUGUAUCGUGUGUACAUUGCCUCAUUUAAUAUAACGAUGCUUUGAGGUAUUGGCACUAUUAUACCCAUUAUACAGCUGAGUAAAAAGCAGCUUAGGAAAGUUAAGUAUGUUCUGUAAAGUAAUAAGUGGUACAGCUGGGAUCUGAACUAGGUGGCAUAACUCCUGAGCCUACAUUCUUGACAUUGUCUUAAGCUUGUACUCUGACAGACCUGGAAUUGAGUCUUGGCUGUAACGUUUACUAGCGUUAAAUUAUUUGUGACAAAUUGACUUGUCAGUGCCUGUUUUAUUUCCCUUUCUUCUAUCAAGCCAUCUGUUCUUGUGUUUUUCUAGCUCAAUGACAUAACUUCUUGGUAGAAGCAUAAACAGUGUAUGGUAACUUAUCAGAUAACACUUCUGUCCUCACAAGACUGUGACGGUCCCUUCUCUUAUUCAUCUUUGUAUCUCUAAAAAUCAGAAUGGAUGCUCCAUUAGUGAUUGUCAGAAAAUGAAUAGUGCCAUUAAUUCUGUCUGGGGAGUCCAGAAAGCUUCUCAGAGGACGUGGUAUAUGGGAUGUGCUUUGAAUGAUGAGUAUGAGUUUCUCAGGCAGAGGAGAGAGAGAGGAAGGGCUAUCCAGUCAGAGGGAAUCCUCUGAGUCAAAAGGGCAUGGUGAGUAAUGUCCUGUGCUGCGGGUGGGGGUGGGGGGGACCUGGGUGGGUUGUAGGGAGGGAGUGGGCAAGCUAAGAGUGUAGGAAGGGAAGUAAGUUGUAAAUAAUGAUGGGAGGCCUUGAAUACCAGGCUGAGGUGUUUUGAAUUUUUUUCUUUUAAAAAAAUCUGAUGGUAGAGGGAAAUUGUGGAAGAUUUUAAAUAGGUUAAUGUUAAGUUCCCAUGUAUUUGGAUUUUAAUUUUUGAAAAAAGAUACUUGAUAAUAGUGUAGUGUGCAUUAGAAAGAAAGAAAAAUAGGAGUUGGGAAGACCAGGUUGGGUAUCUUUCUAAGCAAGGGAAUUAGGGCCUCAACUGAGGCAGUGGUGCUGAAAACCUUGUUCACAUAAAUAAGUAGAUGCAAAUGGAAUUAUUUUUCAUGCAGCACUGUCAGUUCUUUUAAAUCCUUCAGAGUUAUUUGCCAAAAAUCAAAUAAUGUUCUAUCUUUAAAAAUCAUGUUUUAUAUGAUGUGUCAUCUGAUAACCCCAUUAAAGUCCACCUUAACUUUUGUUAAAAGCAAAAGAAUGGGAGCCACUUAAGUUGCAAAAAGGUUGGGAUAGUCAGUGGAGUGAUUCUCUUUCUUAACCCCACACUGGUAUUUUGAAUUGCCCCUUUGGCACUCAGGGUGUUUUAUACUUAAACAUAGUACAUCACUGUAUUUUUGUUAAGUAGGAGAAAGAUAAACAGGAAAUGAGAACUUUUAUGACUGAUGCUUGACAGAGGGUAUCAUCUCAAGCAGAUCAGAUUUAGAUGCAGGAUUUAUAAAAGUUGAGGAUCUAGAAAGAAACUCUGUAAAGUCAUCUGUCACUCAUGCUACUUAGAAAAUCUUCAGGUACUCCCCAGUGAUACGUGUCUUCCAGCUUAAAGACUGCUGCGCUGAUUAGGGCGGCGAGUGUGAUGAUGGAGAAGAGUGUUUGGGUUUGAGAGAUUCAGAAGGUGUAGAAUUAACAGGACUUGUGGAUAUUUUCCUCUGAAUUACUUUUCAGUGGGUUUGCAUUUCUAUAAGCAUCAAGAAUGUUAUCAACCCCCCCCCAAAAAGCUAAAAAAUACUCCAUUGACUAGAAAUACUAAGUAUUCUACAUAUCUUGUGUUCUCUUUAAACUUGUAUGUCAUUUAAUUGUAUCUGUUUAGAUGUUAGAAAUACACACUAAACUCUUUCUAGGUCCCUCUAAAGUGUUUUCUGGCAUCCUAGAUCACUGUAAUGGCAAAUAUUCAGAGUUUAAGAAAGCUGUUGAAUUUUACUUAAAGCAGGCCUGGAACAAAUUGCACUGUAUCAAAAGUCCCUGUUUUAGUUUCUGUUUCUUAAUUAUUUAUUUAGGAUUAAGGUUGCAUAGAAAACAAAGUCAAUAUAUGCUUCUUAAAAUGGAGAGAUGGAGAUUUAUUGAGUGAAAUUCUGAGUGGUAUAAUAAACAUAGAGGAUCUUUCUAUAAAAAAGAUAAAUCUUCAAGUGGAUCUGAGCAAGUUAUAGGGUAUCCCAAUUUAACUAAACUGUUGAGGAAAAUGUAAUACUUAGGAACCAGAGAUUGUCCCAGAUAUCAUUUAAAGGCCCCAUUUACCAAGUUAUUUAAGUAAUGAAAAUCAUAGGAGAGCUUACAGGUAUCUUGGUUUUCUUAACACUUUUAGUCUGUUACUGUGGAUAUGUUAAAUUGGUGGCAUAAUGCAGCAUGUGUUUUGAAAGAAUAUAUAUAGUAGACGCCCGUCAUUCACACACAUAACCUGUGGGAAUUCAACCACUAUUGGCUUGAAUUCAGUGAAUGGGCAUAGGCUCUAGAAAGUGUGAGAAAGCAGAUGGAAGUCUGCUCUUCCCUCAGUCUCUCUCAUUUUUUUCACUGGCCUCUCCUAGUGUAUCUCACUGCACUAGUCUAAUUCUAAUGUUUAAAGGUACGUGUUUUUACAUAAUAUGGUGCUUUAACACAAGCUCAACUGAAGAAACAGCCAUCUUUCCCUAUUCUGGGAUUGUAUCUCUUCAGAGAGAUUGUUGAACAGUAAGUGUGACUAAAUACUGUUUUUGGCCAUUGAUACAGUUUUGAACCUAACCUCAAGAUGGGAUUCCACUGUGCAGGACUGGGUAUUAGAAAACAGAAUUCGCAGGGAGGGUCCUGUGUUUAGAAAGUCACUGUGUUUGAAGUGCUGCAGAAGUUCGGAAAGGAUAGAUAUUCAUUUAUUUGGUUCUACCUUUCUAGGAACGUUAUUCUUUUUCAUAUCCUUUUUCUC